AUGCUCCAUCGUUUUAAGCCAAUUGCGUCCAUUCGGUGCUUGUCGCUUGUUAAACCAAACACUUCAAGCGUUGUUCCAGCGCAACUCGCUCAAACACUGGAUGUAGAACCUGUCUUCGGAUCCGCAAACCAAACUUUAGAUACCAAAUUCCAAACGCUCGGGACUCCCGCAACGUUAUGUUCUGCAAGCUUACCAGCAUCUGUGCCGCUCUAUGUGCGCCGUGGGUGUCUAGUGUCGCUCCACAACGCCCAAAAUUUGCAUGUGGAGCACAAUUGGCUUGGACUAGUAUGGUCCACAUUGAAACAUGGAUCAUGGAGACCUGCGCUAUUCCAUAAACUGAUUUCGCCACAACCUUUCAAUGUAUUGGUGGCUCCAAAUGUGUGCAACAGUAGGCUCGCCUCGUGGUUUGGGUUUUCAUCUCAACCGUUCCGAACGCUAUGUCUGUUGACCUUAAAUGGGUCUCAAGACUGGUACGUUUACGGUAAAAACUCUCUGAUUGCAUACGAAGGAAAUACCUCUCUCGAGAUCAGGCACUCUAGGCUGUGGUCUGGACGUUCCUCGGCCCUCCCCGGGGGUUAUAGAGUAUUGCAAGGACGUGGUAACGCACUUCUGAGCGGUGCUGGUUCCGUAUACACAGUUGAACUAUCCAACGAAUCUGACGAACUGGUUUUGAAGAGCGAGCACUUACUAGCCAUCAGCAGCAAAAGUCUCAACGACGCCAAGAAUGCCGUAUCUAUAUAUCGUUUGACUUCUCCAAAAUCACCACAGGGCGCCCAUUCUCCCGCUUCUUCUCUUCAUUCUGCUACCCCUCAAUCUCCUUCUAUGCCUAAGGCGUCACAAGAAUUCAGCUUUAAGGAGUUUCGUGACAUUACGUCGUCAGCUAUUGUGUCCACUUGGAACUGGCUCAAAAACACCUAUUCAAUUCUUGUCAACGGCCCCACACAAUAUCUAAAAAUUCGUGGGCCGCGUUCCAUACUCAUACAGAGCUCGCACAACGUUUUCAUGCCUGCAACCCCUACUGCGCAACGCGUAUUCCACGCAAACUCCGAUUCCUUGCCGACCUCGCUACCGGAAAGCUCACAUGCUAAUAGUUCCAAAAACUACCUGAGCUACGUAACUGUCCAACCAAAUGGAGAGGUCCGCUUUGAGAGCACUUCCAAUUUUGAUGCCAAAGUUGCAGAAAUCGAAGCUUUGAAAAGAAGUUAG